AUGGACAAACUCGUGGCCAAGACGCAAUACUUCAACCGCCGGCUCGCGGUGGCUUGUUCCGUCAUUGCCGUUUCGACCUUCAACUAUGGCUUCGACAACCAGGCCUUCGCGACGACGCAGGCCAUGGCGCCGUUUGCCCGGCAAUUCGGCAAAUACAACGCCUCGACAGGCGAGUACGCGCUGCCGGCGUCGUGGCUGUCGCUCUUCGGCUCCCUCAACUACAUCGGCUUCGGUGUCGGCGUGAUGGUGGGGUCGUUCGUGUCGGCCCGCUGGGGCCGCAGGAUGUGCAUGUUCGUCAUGAGCAUCUACGCGCUGGCGACGGCGACGGUGUGCGUGACGAGCAUGCACAGGGAUCAGAUCAUGGCGGCACGCAUCCUCAACUACAUCUACGUGGGCAUGGAGCUGUCCGUCAUCCCGAACUAUCAGGCGGAGAUCGUGCCCGCCCCCGUCAGGGGCCUCAUCGUCGGGUCGUACCAGCUCUCGCUCAUCCUGGGCGGGCUGGUCAUCAACAGCAUCUGCCUGCGCACGAGCACGCUGACGAGCAACCAGGCCUGGAGGAUCCCCCUGGGUCUGUUCUACAUCGUGCCCUCCAUCAUCGCCGCGUCGGUCUGGUUCCUCCCCGAGUCGCCGAGGUGGCUCCUGCAGAAGGGGCGCGUCGACGAGGCCAGAGAGAACCUGCACAAGUUCAGGGUUGGCACUCUAUAUUCGGAGGAGGCCAUCGAGGACGAACUGCGCGACAUACAGGAUCAGCUGCGUCGCGAGGCCGACAAGGGCUCGUAUGUCGAGCUGUUCUCGCGGAACAACAUCAAGCGCACCGCCAUCGUCAUUGGCAUCAACUUCUUCCAGCAGGCCACCGGGCAGCAGUUCGGCAGCCAGUACGGUGCCAUCUACGUCAAGCAGCUCGGCACCAUCAACCCGUUCCACUUCACCAUCAUCUCCUCGUCCAUCGCCUUCAUCACCAUCUGCUUCUCCCUGCUGAUGACGGACCAUAUCGGCAGGAGGAAGCUGCUGUUGUUCAGCAUCUGCCUCAUGGGCACCGCCAUGAUGACAAUGGGCGGGCUGGGGACCAUCAAGGAUAUGCACAAGGAUGUCAAGAUUGCCAUCGUCAGCAUGCUCAGUCUCGCCACCGUGAGCUUCAGCACGGGGCUCGGUCCGCUAUGCUACGUCGUUUCCACCGAGAUCCCAGCGCUGCGCCUCAGGGAUAUGACGCUUCGGACGGGUUUUGUCGUCAAUGUCGUCUUCAACUUCGUGUCCAACUUCAUCAUCCCUUACUGUCUGGAUGCUAUUGGCUCCAAGACCGGCUUCAUUUUUGGAUCUGUUUGUAUUCUCGGCAUUGCUUUCAUAUACUUCUGUGUGCCCGACUGUACGGGCAAGACCCUCGAGCAGGUCGAUCUCAUGUUCCAGAGGGGUGUCCCGAUACGGAAGUUUGGCUCAUACGUUUUCGAGGACAUAGACACUGACAGCCACAACGACGAUCAAGUGUACGGCAAGAGCGGUGUUUCCGAGCCGACUGUUGUGUCGAACAACAAGGAGAGUUCUGUGUAA